CAUGUCGCCCGCGACCGUUUCUCCUCGCUGUUGCGCGACCGUUCCACUCUUCACUGCGCGUCAUUAUUUCGCCGCCGCCGACGCUCAGACGCGCUCUCAUUGCUGCCGACGCCACAGCGGUGGGGGAUUGUGCGUGCGCGUGUGCGACUCGGCUAUAGCCUAUUAUAGUGCAGUGCACCGCACUACUCGAAAAACGGGCUGCUGUUGAAAAAAAAAUAACAUUUUAUUAUCAUCUAUCGUUCGACGGUCGCUGUCGUCGUCCGGUGGCAACGAAUUUUUAUCACGAGACCGCUGUUGCUCGACCGUGUUUUCGCGUCGUUGGAAAGCCGCAGUCUCGCGGACACCCGAUUUCCCGGCCGUCAGCUAAACCGGAGGUGAGUGCUUCUCAUGAACAAGCUCAAAAAUGAGUGAGGCAUCGGCACAACAACAGCCUGCCACAGACGUACAGCAGAUGCAACAAGCACAGCAACAACAGCAGCAGCAGCAACAGCAACAGCAACAAAAUCAACAACAGCAGGCCCAACAAAAUCAACAAAACCAACAAACACAACAAAUGCAACAGCCACAACAAAUACAAGUUAUGAUUCAACAGCCUCAGGGACAAGUUGACAUGCAGCAGCAACAGUCACAACAACAGCAACAACCUCAACAAGUUGCUGUCGCCUCUGGUCAGCAAACUAUUACUAUGCAGAUGUCGUCAGAUGGAUCCAAUGGAGGCACUGUACAACUCCCUCAUUCAUCAGCUCCAAUGACAACUAUUGAGACAUCAGGUCAAAUGCAAAUUUCUACUAUCCAACCACAGCAACAGCAACAGGGUCAAGUGCAAAUGACUAAUAUACAAGCUCAACAACCAGGGCAAGUUCAACAGCAACAUACUAUGCAGGCACAGACACCUAACCAACAGCAACAACAACAAACUCAAAUUCAACAAAUCAAUGACUGGAGUCAUGGACGUGUUCAGUUAAUUCAACAAGCUGGCCCUCAGUUUGUACAAUACAAUGCUCAAGGACAAUUAAUUAUGCCUGGAACAAUGUUACAACAUCCUACCUCUGGUGCUAUACAAGUGAUUGCAGCUCCUAAUAAACAAUUUCAGUCACAACAGAUGCUCACCACAGCUCAUGCACAUAAACAGGUAAUAUCGCAAGGACAGGCUACGUCAUUUCCGACUGGAUAUGCUGCUAUUCCAACCACUACUAACCAGACUCUUGUCAUCGGCCAGUUAGGGGUGAUAAGUAGUCAACCAAAUAUGAAACAAAAUGAAAUGCAACAAACAUACACGAGUUGUGCCACUGGAAGAACUGUACAACAAAAUGCUCAAACAAUGCAAUUUUCACCCUGGCAAUUUAAUGCAUCACUUCCUCAAGGACUCACUUGGGCUACACCACAACCUCAAGCACUUUUAACACAAAAUCAUCCAAUUUUCAUAAGAGGUGCACCUCAGCAAGAUGGUCAACAACAACAAGUACAAACUCCUAUGUUUAUACAAAGCCCUCCCCCUCAGCACCUCCAACAACACCAUGGUCAAACUAUGGUACAAACCAGUGGUGGUGUUAUGCAAAAUAUUGGACAAAUGGUUAGUGGUACUACAACUACUACUAUUAAAUCACAACGAGCAGAUAUACAACCCAAAGUUGUUACAACACCUAAUGGCAUGGGUAAUAACAGACAACUUUCUAUACUACCGUCGGGGCAUACAAUUCGGCCAAAUGCUACAAUUUCUACUCAAACCACUACUGGUAUUCAGCAUUUAAACCAGAUGCAAAAAGCUCAACUCAAAGUUAGACCUAAGACUGGUGUGCGACAAGGUUUUAAUAUUGCACCUCAUAAAUCAGAUGCUGCUAAUCAAACUAAUCAAACCAAACCUCUUCAAUCUCCUCAACAAAAUAUGAACACCAACAAAAUGAUUUUGACAAGUUCUGGACAACUUGUGCCACAAAUUCAACAACAACAACAACAGCAGCAAACUGUUCAAGUACAACAUUUGCAACAGCAACAACAAGCUCAACAACAAAUUAAAUUAGUUAGUAUGCAAUCACCAAAUCAUCAAAUUGUAAGUAUGCAAUCGCCUCAAGUUGCAUAUCAACAACAGCAAAUUAUCAAACCCUCCACAAAUGUAAUGAGUAUGUCCAUGAAUUCUCCACAAAAGAUACAUAUACAUCAGCUGCAACAAGGCCAAGCUAUUGUUAGUAGCCAGCCUCAACAGCAAAUCACUAUUCUUGAUCGUCCUGUCAUACCAGUUGUUUCAUGUGCGCCUCAGGCGUCAACACAAUCUCAGCUUCUAAUUUCUCCCCAAAUUCAAACAUCAACUUCAUCAAUGCUCCCAUCAACUAAACCUGACGAAUCUCCAAAGCCAUCCCCAGCUGUUCAAACAAAUGACACAUCAGCUGUUGUGGUCUCAAUAGCAGAAAAUACUACUGAAACAACAGCAUCAGUUUCGUUACCUGUUACUUCAAAUGAAGACAAUUCUAGAGAUAAAGGAUUGCCUAAAGCUUUAGUAAAACCUCAAGUCUUGACCCAUGUUAUUGAAGGCUUUGUGAUACAAGAAGCUGAUCAACCAUUCCCAGUAAACAGAUCUUGCACUAUAGCAGAUAUUUCCAAUAGUACACAGGAUAAGGAAAGCAUAAAAUUGGAUGAAGAACCACCAAAUAAAAAAAGUAAAACAGACAAUAACAAUCAAGACAAAAUCAAGUGUGACUCUUGUGGUAAAUGUCAAGAACUGCAAAAAUUCAAAAUUAAAAAGAAAUCUAAACGUUUUUGUUCACAAGAAUGCUCAAAGGUAUUUGAAAAUAGUUCAAAAACUGGACAAAAUGACAAGAAAAAUGGGAAAAAUUGGGAAUGUGAAAGCAAUGGUUCAGCUGGUGAUUCUAGUAACACUGCCUCAUCACUUGAUUUACCUAGUCGAAUGCAAAUUGAUAUUGACACUAAAACAGAUGUGGUCCCAGAAUUAUGUCCUAUUAAUCCAUUGACUUGGACUGUAAAAGAUGUACGGAAGUUUAUUGGUCAACUAACAGACAGUGAAGAAAUAGCAGCAGAUUUUGAAAGCCAUGAAAUUGAUGGUCAGGCUCUGAUGUUGCUCAAAGAAGAUCAUUUAAUAAGAGAUAUGUCUAUGAAACUUGGACCAGCAUUAAAAAUAUUUGCAAAACUGGAUGCCAUGCGUACUGAAAAUCCAGAACUUCAACCCCCUGCAACUUCACAAUAAAAUUCUUUAUGCUCUCAUACUCAAUUAUACUUCUUACAGUAUACAUUUUUAUAUGGUUGAUUUUAAUAUUUUCAAAUGUUAUUAUCUGUUUGACAUGUAUUUACAAAUCAAUGGUACUUAUUGACAUUAAGACUUAUUAUAACCAUGUCAUUAGAGUACUCAAUUUUGUAUGUGGUUUUGUGUAGGUUUUCGUUUAAAAAAAAUUGUAAUUUUCAGUCUUAUCCCUGUUUUUCCAAUAUGUUUCCUGUUUAUAAACUCCUUUUUUCUUAAAAUUUUGUAAAUUAAAUUGAAUUAAAUAAGCUAUUUUUUUUACCUUAAGAUUUUAUAAUUUGUGACUGUUUAUUUAUUUAUGUUAAUUUAAAUUAUUUUUUAAAGCAAUUACUAAAAAAAAAUUAUGUACUUUAAAUUAUUUUUAAUAUUAUUUAUUAAAUAAUAAUGAUUUUGAUCCCCAAUAUAAAUUCAUUAUUGCUUGCAUAGUUGAAUUUGGAUUGUUUCCUUUGUGUUUUUGUGUUAGGAAUGGUUUUUAUUAUCAUAUAAAUACGUAGGUAAUGUAUCUUUUUUCUUAAGAAUACAUACAUACUUAACUAAUUUAUGUUUUUUGUAUAAGUUAUUUUCAUCAGUAAACUAGUACAACUUUUGUACUCUUAGUUUUAUAUCUAUAUAUUUAUAGAACCUCUAGAAAUUAGUGUGUAUCAUGAUUUUUUUUUAUGAAUUAUGUAUUAAUUGCUUAAUGCUAUCAGUGUUCAUAACUACUUUUAGUUUUAGAAUUUAUAGUAUCUAUAUAAUAUAAUUUAUAAUUGUAUUGUUUGAUACACUCAAUAGAUAAAUUAUUGUAAGAUUUUGUUAAGUUCCGUUUGGUUUGAAAACCUUAAUGUCGUAUAUUAAUUAUAUUUUUAAAAAAAUGUUUGUAAGACUUGUUUUAUUUUCUUUAAAAUAUUUUUUUUAAUCAUUUAACUAUGCAAUUUUAGCCUAUGAUUACUAUACGACAUUAAUACAAAUUUUAGGGAUAAAAUAGAGAUUAUUGUUAUUUUUUAAUAGUUCAGGUCUAACUUUUAGUUGUUGUGUUCAUUUACUUUAAUGUUAAGUUAAUUAUCUGAAAUAUUUUUUAUAAUACAUGUAUAAUUAAAUUGA